AAUAAAAGCUAUCAUUUUUCCUAGGUGAAGGGAAACUAUCAUAAACAACCCAAUACAUUUAAAUUAGUUUUAACAGCGAUUUGUUAUAAACAUGUUCUUGAUAUUGAGUAGCCCCAAAGCCUAGCAAUUUAAUUGCCUGACGUUUCGCGGGUUAGUGUGUGUGUACAGUGGCAAUGUUAGUAACAUUAGCAACGUGCUAAUGACUUAGUUCACACCUAACUCAUGAAUAACCUUGCAAUGCAGUGCUGAAGCUUUAAUCUUGCAGAAGCAUCUGUCCAGAAUAGUUCAGUGGAAUAUCUGUGUGUAACCUGUAAGGAGCAAUAGCCAUGUCGAACUUGCGUGGUAGAGGUGGCCGACACAGAGGGUUGCUUGUCAAGAAUAAAAUAUUUAAUGGAGGUCAUAAUCCAUUGGUUAAUGUGUCAAGAAAACGCUUCUUUCACCCAAAAAUGGGGAAAACUGCCAAAGUUGCAGUAUGUGGCAUGAAAGGUGUUGGGAAAACUGCUAUACUGGAGCAAGUGAUCUACGGCAGUGUUGAUAAAAGCACGGAGUUCCAGCCCACCAUCGAGGACAUCUACGUGGCGAACGUGGAGACGGACCGGGGCACCCGGGAGAAGGUGCGCUUCUACGACACGGAGGGCCUGGCCGGUGGCCGGGACCAGGCGCAGCUGGCACGGCAGUGCAUCGGCCUGGCCGACGGCUACGUGCUUGUGUACGACACGGACCGGCCGGAGAGCCUCGACGCGCUGCUGGCGUUCAAGAAGGAGAUCGACCGCAAUCGCGACAAGAAGGAGGUGUCCAUGGUGGUGCUGGGCAACGCGACCAAGGCCCAGGAGGCCGGCAGUCUGGAGAGCACGGCCAGCAAGGCGGCUCACUGGGCGCUGCGCGAGAAGAUCAGGCACUACGAGGUGAGCGCGAUGGACCGCUCGUCGCUCUACGAGCCGUUCAUCCACCUGCUGUCCAAGCUCAACCCCCCGCCCAACAAGAGCUCCUUCCCGCAGCUCAGCAUGGUGCGCAAGUCCAUGACGCGUCCCGACAACUACUGACCUGGCUUGAACCAGUAUUAGUGUUGUUACCCCUGAAUCUCCUGUGCUGAUUGGUCGUGUUGGAAUGCAGUCUUGAUGCAGAUCUGUUGCUCUCUAUUCUCUAUGUACUGAUGCAUUUAUUAACUUCUCCAGAAGGUGAACUCAAACUGAAAUGUGCAGUCAAAAUAUAUAUACAUAUAAAAUAUUUUCCUAUUUAUUUGCUGUGUAUGGAAAUGAUUUUUUUAAAUGAUUGUUGUUUAUAAUUUUUGUUUUGUUAGAUUUUGUGUAUUUUCUACUAAUUUAAAUUUUAUUGAUGUGAAAUAUUUAAUAAAUAAUUUUUAUAAAAGAACAAA